AUGUAUAAUUGUUUUCUUAAAAAUUUAUUAGGUGUUGAUUCAAUAAGACUUUGGGGUGCUGUACAUUCUGGAUGUUGUGGAAUCAGAAUAUACAAAGAAAAAACUAAAGCCAUAAUUGAUAAAGAUUUAGAAUCUAUAAUAACAAGUGAUACAAAUAGUAGUCAAGAUUUGCAAGCAAGUAAUCAAGAUUUGCAAGAAAUUAGUGAAGAUUCUCAAUUAAUUACAAAUAGAAUUGAAGAAUUGGAAAAGUUUAGAUGCUUUGUUGAAAUGAAUGUUAUUAAGAUUAAGCCAUGG